GUAAUUCCGGUAAUUAAAAGACAAACUUUGUGGCGGCAAAAAAAUAAAAGAAAUUGAAGGAAAAUAAAAGAAUUAAAAGAAAUCGAAAUGCGGAAGCAGCACAGUGAUCGUUCUCCUCAACGAAAAGUCUCCAUUAAGAAAUACUGUUGAAUAACAGUUGGCUACACCGAGCCCAGGAAUUCCGGGGUCAAAUGAGGCAGGAGACCAUGAUUCAUGUUAAGCUGGGGCUUUCAUGCACCCGGUGCAGCUACUUUUUUACCAGUCGUUGACAUCUUUCAUUUAACUUCCCAUUAAAGGACCGGGAACAGCUAGAGGGAGCUAUACAGACAGUUUGAUCGGAGAGCGACGUGCGACUCACUCAACCCAACUUCACGUCUCUUCCUUCCUCCUCCCCUCAACUGAUUACGUUCCUUCAUUGAAUCGCCAAGCGCCACCCCCAGCUUUUCAUGUCCGAGGGAGCCCACCGGCGGCGGCCACCCCCGACCCCGGCCGGCCGGAGGAGCAAGCACGAUCCUCCCCAACUGUCGCCGUCGCCGUCGAGGCGGUCCAACCCCCCUCGCCGAUCGCCCUCGAGGCGCCCGAGACCCGUCGAUGUCUUGAAGCGCUGCUUCUCUGAGCCCCUGCUGUGGGAUGACAGUGGCGCCGGAGGCUCGCCACCGGCUGGAGAUCCGACCCGGAGCGCGGUGGGGCUCGACGCCGGCGUGCUCUUCAGGCCCCAGACGUGCGCCGACGUCUUUGCUUCCUCUCCUUCUUUGAUGGGUUCCGGCAGCUCUCCUCUCGGCUCCGAGGCACACAACAAGGAUGCCAAGGUGGUGGUAAAUGUAACGGUCGAGGGGAGUCCUGGGCCGAUCAGGGCCAUGGUGAAGUUGGGGUCUACUGUGGACCAGACCAUUAAGCUGGUCGUGGAUAAGUACAGCAAAGAAGGGCGGUCACCUAAGCUUGACCGGGGCUCUGCCACCGGUUUCGAGCUUCACCCCUCCUAUUUCAGCCUUCAAUGUUUAGACAAAUCGGAACUUAUUGGGGACGUUGGCAGCAGAAGUUUCUAUCUGCGACGAGGCAGCAGUUCCCACAGCAGCAAUGCAGCCUCUGCUUCCUUUGUCUCUGAACCCGUGGCUGCAACUUCAAAUGCUGUUGUGGCUCCGCCUCCGAUAUUUUUGAUUCCCUUACCAGGAUUCCUAGCCCGCAAGCUCGGGAAAAUUGUCAGGAGAACUCGGAAACUAUGGAGGUUCCUGACCUGCAUGCAAUGAUCAUGGAAAGGGAAAACAGAAUUUGGAUUCAUUCUUAAGAGCGACGCAAUUUUUUCGUGUUGCUCUCAUCCCGAUUUAUCUGGAUACAUGUUCCAUUACAGAUUUCUUACAUAGGACUUUGUAUAUAUACCCAGCUUGCGAAUGCUGGUUCUCCUGUAUAUAGGCUGUGAUAUUGAGGCACGGCAAAAGGCAUGUUCUUAAUUGUAUAUAGUUGGUGAUGAUCCUAUACUUGGUCAGCCAUACUCGAACAGUCACCGAGUGAAAUUUCCAUCAAAAUAUAUGCAUUAUAGAGAACAUUCGGGGCUGUAAUCUUCUUUUACGGCAAAAUACGGAUGAA